AAAGUCCAAUUUUCAUUACUGUUUAUGCACAAAAUUAAAAUUGUUAAUAAUUAAAGAAAAAAUAACAAAAAAACAUUAACAAUACUAAAUUAAGAUUAAUGAAAAAAAUAUAUUAAUUAUUAAUAAACGAUAAACAAAAAUAUUUAAAUAAUAAAAAUCCUUUUUUUUUUUUUUUUUUGUUUUUGUUUAUAUUCUAAGCGCCAUUUUGGUCGUUAUUAUUUACAAUUAUUUACAUAUGGUGUAUGCAUAAAAUUAAUAAUUAAAAAAAAGAAAUAUUAAAAAUACUAAAUUAAGAAUAGCAAUUAAUAAUACUAAAAAAAAUUGAUAAAUAAUAACAAUUCUUUUUUUUUUUUUAUUUUUGUUUAUAUUUUAAACGCCAUUUUGGUUUUGUUUUUGUUUUUCCAAGUAUUUUGUUGAACACACAUGACACAUCCACAUGUUGGUGGCAUGUUAAUAUUGUAUUUAUUAUUUAGUUAAAAACAAAACACUAAUGCAAACAAUAUAAAAUAAAAAACACCUAAGGUAAUAAUUGUCAAAUAAAUUAUUCUAAUGACAAAGAAUAUAAACUACAAGUCAAUAAACAACUAUGAAAUCUUCACGAACAAAAAUGCCUUUGUCGGCAAAAAAACCGAUAAAACCAAGAAAUAUAAAUAUCUCAUCAAAAGAUCCAGUUAAAGUUUAUUGUAGAAUAAGGCCAAUGCAAAAAUUAACAGAUGAAUCAUGUAUAAAAAUAAUAUCACCAACAACAAUAUUAAUAACACCACCAGAAUCAUCUGUUAAUUAUCGUAGUAAUAAUAAAGAUAUAGAAACAUCAUUUACAAAAAUAUUUGAAGAUGAUGCAACACAAAAAAUAGUAUUCAAUGAAGUUGCAUUGCCAUUUGUUGAAAAUUUAUUAACUGGUAAAAAUUCAUUAUUAUUUACAUAUGGUGUAACUGGUAGUGGUAAAACAUACACAAUGACUGGUGAUAAAAAUGACAUUGGGAUGAUGCCACGUUGUCUUGAUGUAUUAUUUAACAGCAUAAAAAAUAAUCAAGCUAAAAAAUAUAUAUUUAAAUCAGAUAAAAUGAAUGGUUUUGAUAUACAAAAUGAUAAUGAUGCACUGUUAGAUCGUCAAGCUGAAAUAAAUGCAGCAUUAACAGCACCAAAAAAUGCUAAAAAAGCAAAAAAAACAAUUGCCAAUGAUAGUGAUGCUGAUAUGAAUAAUCAAUUGUAUACAAAAGAAUGUGAUGAAUCACAAAUAAUCCAAAUUGAUCAAGAUAAUUUGUAUGCUGUUUUUGUAACAUACGUUGAAAUUUACAACAAAGGUGUUUAUGAUCUUUUGGAUGAAUCAGAUGAACCAAGAGGAAAUAUUUUACAAUCAAAAUCAAUUAAAGAUGAUGGUAAUAAACAUAUGUUUGUUCAUGGUGUUACUGAAGUUGAAGUAACAAGUUCAGAUGAUGCAUUUAAAGUAUUUUGUCGUGGACAAAAAAAACGUAGAGUUGCACAUACAGUAUUAAAUGCUGAAUCAAGUCGUUCACAUUCAGUAUUUACAAUAAGACUUGUACAAGCACCACUUGAUUGUGAUGGUGAAAAUAUUAUAAAUGAUAAAAGAGUUAUUCGUAUUAGUCAAUUGUCACUUGUUGAUCUUGCUGGUUCAGAAAGAACAAAUAGAACAAAUAAUACUGGUCAAAGAUUACGUGAAGCUGGUAAUAUUAAUAAUUCAUUAAUGACAUUAAGAACAUGUUUAGAAAUAUUACGUGAUAAUCAAAUUAAUGGAACAAAUAAAAUAGUACCAUACAGAGAUUCAAAAUUAACACAAUUAUUUAAAAAUUUUUUUGAUGGUGAUGGCAGUGUUAAAAUGAUUAUUUGUAUUAAUCCAAGUAAUGAUGAUUAUGAUGAAACAAUACAAGUUAUUAAAUUUUCUGAAAUAACACAAGAUGUACAAACAAAUAAAACAAAUGUACAAAAAAUUGACAUGGGAUUUACACCUGGACGAAGACUAGCUUACAACAAAAUAAUAAAAGAUAAAAUUAAUAUUAACAAUGAUAAUAAUAAUAAUAUAAAUUAUAAUUUUGAUAUAUCAUUUCCUGAUGUUGAAAUUAAUAAUCCACAUGAUGAUACAACAAUAAAAAAUAUAAUAAACUUUUUACAUCAAAGAAUUGAUAAAAAAAAUACUCUACAAGCUGAUUUGUCUGUUAAAAAUAAUAAUUUUAAUCAAAUAUUAAAAAAUGUUGAGAGACAUAAUAUUGAGCUUAGAGUUGAUAAUAAUUUAUUAAAAAAUUGUGCUGAAAAACAAAAAGAACAACUUAAUAAAUAUUGUACACAUGUUAGUGGUACUGAGACACAAAAUGAUAAACUUUUAAGUAAAUUAAAAAAAUCAGAUGAAUUAAUUAAAACACUUAAACAAGAAUCAAGUAAUAAAGAUCAUUUGUUAAAUCAAGCUCAGUUAAAUCAAGCUAAAUUAAUAAAAGACUAUGAUUUAAAUUAUAAAAAUGAAAUAAAUAAAAUUAAAAAUGAACAAAAAAAAUUAAUUGAAAAUGGAACUCAUAAAGUAACAGUGGAAAAGAAAAAUUUAGAAGAUAAAUUACGUCGUACACAAGAAGUAUUAGAUAUACCAGUAUCAACAAUUGUUGAAGAAAAUAAUGUUAAUGUACAUGAUGCAGUUAGUAAAUGGAAUAAACAACAAUCAACAAUAAUUGAUUCAAAAAAAAAUAAACAAACUGUUUAUUAUAAUCGACGUAAUAGAAGAUCACAAAGUGCUGCUCCCAAAUUGCCUCAUCAAACAAGGGAACCAGUUAAAACAGUGAUGCAGUCUAAUUUAAAAAACAACAAUAAUAAAUCAAGGUAUUGUUUAAAUUCUCGAGAACAUGAUUCUGAUGAUGUCAUUGAAGUGAUAAGUAAUAUUGAAAAUUUAAAACAAACUUCACCAAUUAUUGGAAAAAAAAGAUCAAGUAAUAAAUAUGACAUUGAAAAUAUUUCAAGUGAUAAUAAACGAACACGAGUUAAUCGUUAAUAUUAAAUUAAUAUAAAUUAAUAAUACUCAUUAGCUUUUAUUUAAUUCAAUAAUAGUAUUAUUAUUAUUUUUUUUAAUUAAUAAUGUAAUAUUUAAAAAAAAAAAAUAAAAGCAAUAUUUUUUUUACUCAAAAAA